AUGAUAAUCGAUAUAUAUAAUCCUGGUGAAAAAAUAGAAAAUGAGUUUUUAAAAGAGAAAAUUAGAUCAAAAAUAAAUGAAAUGUUAAAUUGGAAAAGAAAGGGAUUUCCUGGUAGUAACCCAGUUUCUUUAACGAAUCAUAACAUAAAAAAUUUAUUUAAUAAGGAAUACAUAAUAUGUGAAAAAACAGAUGGAGUGAGAUAUUUUUUAUUUAUAGCUUCUAAUACUACAUUUUUAAUUGAUAGAAAUUAUGAAAUUUUUAAAAAUGAUAUGCAUAUUCCAUUGAAGGAAGAUUUAUCAAAAAAACAGCAGUUAACAUUAUUAGAUGGAGAAUUAGUGGAAGAUACUAUUUUUCAUGAAAGAAAAGGUAUUGAGGAGAAAAAAAUUGUUUAUUUAAUUUAUGAUGGAUUAUAUAUACAAAGGAGAGAUAUAACAAAUCUUUCUUAUUUAGAUAGAUUAAAAUAUGUAUAUAAUUAUGUUAUAACUCCUUUAAAAAUUUAUAAAAAGAAAAUUUUAAAAAAUAAAAAUUUUAACUAUUCCCAAGAAUCAGUGUGUAAUGAUGUAAGCCUAAAAAAAAGGAAAUACAAUGUCGGUAGUGAAUAUGUUGAAGAAAGUAAAUGUUUAAGUGUAAAUGUAGAUAAUAGUAGAAAUAGCCCAAAUACUUCUGAUAAAAAAAUUUCAAAUUAUAAUGAAACGGAUUGUAUUGAUUAUAAAAGAGAUAGUUGUAUUAAUAUUGACAAUGAAAUUAACUACAGUGACAGCGAUAUUAAUGAUGAUAUAAGCUCAUCAGAUUCAUUUAUAAACGAUGAAAAUGAGUAUCCAUUUGAGAUAUAUUUAAAGGAUUUUUAUACCAUUGAUAAAAUAUGUGAGUUAACAAAAAUAAUGAAGAAAUUACCUCAUCCCUCAGAUGGUAUUAUAUUUACACCUUUAAAUUCUUCAUAUGUAACAGGAAAUUUUUAUCACUUAUUAAAGUGGAAACCAUUAAAUUUAAAUACAGUGGAUUUUGGAAUAGAAACUGUUUAUGAUGAAAAUAAUAUGCCAAAUAAAUUUGAAUUAUUUAUUGCAAUUAAUGGAGUAAGAACAUCCUAUAAAUGCUACUUAGCUCAAUAUGGAGAUGUGUAUAAAGAAUUGUUACAAUUAGCUUUAAACAAUAAAAUUUCUCAUUAUAUUGUUGAAUGUUAUUAUGUUUCAAAAAAUAUAUAUUCUAUAUGUAAAAAUGAUAAUUCGACUGAAACAGAAAUUGAAGGAGGUUGGAUAGCUCAAAAGAUUCGAUAUGAUAAAAAUAUUCCUAAUGAUAUCUCAACAUUAAAUAAAGUUAUUCAAAGUAUUCUUGAUAAUAUAACUAUAGAUUCAUUAAUUAAAGAAAUUUUAAGAAAUAAAAAAUGUUAA